AUAAGGAAUUCCACCAACAGAGGGAGAUGUUUGUCCAGAGUUGAAGCAUAUCGACUCAAACUUUGAAGAAAUGCCUUCAAGAAAGGAAAUGUCUCGUUUGGUGUUGAUGCCACUGAAAGUGUGCGGACAAACGAAGGCGGGAGAGGGAGACUCGCAGUGGUCGCCGGUAGGAGGGUCAUUAAGUCCCAGCCCCGCCGCGCCUGGCUGGUGCGCCUCUGCUGCAGCUGUGCAACACACACGCACCAUGACUCUGUGCGCGAGUAGCACGCUCUUGGCGUUGUUCGUCGCUUUUUGUACACCUGGGCGCGGAUGGACAGCGGAGAAGCCCCUGCGGACACAUGACGGCAAACCGACUUCCAUAGCUCGGAGCCUGAGGGAGAGCUGGGAGCCUUCUAUCCACCUGGACGGGAGACCGGUGGAGCGCUUCGUGGCCGGCUCCAACAAGCCAAUGCGGACUCAUCGCUACACCAGAGUGGGCAAGGAGAGCCGUUCUCCCUUAGUGGAGCAUGUAGAUCCCGAAUGGGUAAAACUUGAUGGCUUUGCUGUGCUAAGCAGCGCCCCUGUCAGCAACACAUCAACAGGUCCAAUCAGGUCAACAUAUCCCGCGGCCAGAAAUCAGACAGCUCUGAAACGUGCGGCCAGGGUGAACAGAACAGCUCACCGUCCAAGUGUCUCUAGCUCCAGGACGUACAGGAGGAGGGCCCCUCAGUCCUCCACCGGUCCCCGGCCCCCCGUGAGAGGCUUCUUCACGAGAACAACUUCGCUGGAGAGAAGAGACCAACACCACUUCAAGCCUCAAUCUGACCAGAGGAACCGUAAUUCGCACAAAUUAACAUCUGAGUCCGUUCAUGUGGUGUCACUGCAGGCACAGAAACCCCAGGGCCAGAGCGCUCCUGCAAACCGUGCGGCAACCAAAAUGACCACCCCAGAACCACCUGAAUAUGAGGCUAAGGACAUCAGUGUCAGAGUCAUGUCUCCAAAGUCAGUCCUCAUCACCUGGCUUGACCCCGCUGUGGAAAUGGGGAAGAUCGAGUCUAGUGAAUUGAGAUCCUAUACAGUAAGGUACAGGGAGAAGGGGGAGUCGGCACGUUGGGAGUACAAAGAGAGCUCCCAGAAGAGACUGAUGGUGGACACCCUGUCUGCAGAUAGCAUGUAUGAGUUUGCCGUCAGAAUCACUCAAGGAGAAAACGAUGGCAAGUGGAGCGUGUCUGUCUUUCAGAGGACACCUGAAUCAGCACCAACUGGGCCACCAGAGAACUUUGAAGUCAAACCUCUACGAGGGAAAGGGACUGCUGUGACAGCCACGUGGGAUCCUCCUGAAGAAACCAAUGGGAGGAUACGAGAGUACAUCCUGUCUUAUGCUCCUGCACUGAAGCCAUUUGGAAUGAAAAGUGUGACGUACCGAGGCACCACAACCUCGGCUACCAUAGAUGGUCUAAUGCCUGGAGAUCGGUACAUCUUCAAAAUCAAAGCCACCAACAGAAGGGGACAGGGGCCGCUAAGCAAGGCAUUCAGUGUUGUCAUGCCAGGAUCUAGCAGUGCUGUUUCACCGUUCUCAAGAAACAAGGACAGUCAGAGGACAAGCUACAAGCCUUCCAAAGAUGAUGAUAGCCAUGACAAAUCAGAGCUCAAGUCAACAGAGGCGCCAGAGGAACCAACUCGAGCCAAUAAACCGCACAACUCUGCACCUGUCAGUAGAAGAGAUCGCCCACUUUCUCAGACACGUUCCUAUCACAGCAUCUUCUCCUCGGUGAGAGGCUCAGUCAGAAAGGGAUCAAACAAAGGCAGAAGCUCAGCUAGAGAAGAUGAAAAUAAUGAUGAUUAUGAUGAUGAUGAUGAUGAUAAUGAGAGAAUUCCAACAACCUCCUCUCCAGGAGAAGAUGCGACAACCGUAGCGUAUGAACCUGAGACAAAAAAACCUUAUAAUGAUGUUUCCCCUGAAUCUGAGGACACUAUUUAUAGUGAAGGGGGUGAGCCUCCAACUCCUGAGACACCCAGCCUCAAAGUUUUUACAUUCUCCCCAACUAAACCAACAUCUGUUUACACCCAGCAACGAAAGCCCAUAAAGCUGAGGGUCCAUCAAAAAGGAGGUGCCCAGACGUCCUCCUCAUCAACCACCGAUUCAUCCUUGUCUGUUUUUUCUCCAAAAUCAUCCUCCUUGCCUUCAUCCACAGCAUUGCGUAUUACACAGUCAGAGGACAAAGGAAAGGAUAUACCCUCUACACACCUACAGAGCAAAGACAAGUUCAAUAAACACAGUAUAGUAUAUAACAAACCUACCACUCCAGUUAUAAAGGACAAGAAUCCACAGCCCCAGAAAGAGAGCACAGCUGCGGGAUCGGCAUCAUCUAGGCGGACCAAUGGAUCUGGGCUUGGUGCAAGAUACGGUUAUGGCCGAAGGAACGUAGGAAUGCCUUUUAGGGGUAAUUCAACCAGAACGCUGAACGGUUACAAACUGGGCAUAACUUCACUGACACGUCUGCCAAGCAGAACUCACACAUCGCAGUCCAACUUACCAGACCAGCAAACUGCAAAUACCUUCAACGAAGCUACAGUCGGUUCCACUUCGGUAGGAAAGAUCGACGAUGAAACAAUAUCUGAACCAUCUACUUCUGAGAACUCACAAAUCAAAUCAAAUAGUGCUGUCGCUUCAGAUACAAACACCAGAAACAAGUAUCCUUCCAUAUCAGAAACCAGCUCACGACACCAACUGUCAACUUCAAACAGAGGAUCACAAACCUCUUCGCAUAACACACAUAAGUCAAAUACAUCUCUGGAACGCGCCACAGCAAACGGAGGAGUACAUCACCAAAGCAAUUUCAAGAACACAGAAGUAACCAAAAUUGAAGAACCUACUUCUAGUUACAAAGAAGAUCCCACAGAGGAAGAGAAAAAGGAAAAGGGGGAGAGUGUCUCUGACAAAACAACUUACUCUCGUUCUCAUGUGGAAAGAUUUAAGUUCCCAAGCAGGUCUGGUUCAGGAACACGGCUGUCGUUCUCCAGAAAUGGAGGCAGGACUCCUUGGAACAGGGUCUUAUCCUCGACAGGGGUAGGCAAACCCAUUUCACGAGGAACAGGCACUAGUGAUUCAGUAGCCACAGGUUCUGCAGGAGUGUCCGGGAUACAGGAAACUAAUGAAAGUCAAACUGCUACUUCAUCACGUGACUCACUAAAAAUUUACGAGACAGGGAGGAAUUCUUUUAAACCAUUAGUGACGCAUAAAAAUUCAGACAAUCGGGACUUAAGACAUCCAACUCCGCUGUCUCCUUCAUCCUCUUCAAACUUUGACAAUCGUGAUUCUAUUAAUACAAAAUUAACUGCGCCCAUCCACACAGAGACAUCUAAUGACAAUGAAAAUAACAAAUAUGAUGAAGUCGACCCUGAUACGACUCGUGGAGAAAACAGUGAGCUCCAUAAAAACGUUGCAGAACCCACAGUGGACCAAAACAAUCCAGCCAUAACACCAACUGAAAGCCACAGGAACACCGAGGACAAUGAGAGUGUAGCUACAAUAGACGUCCCCACAAGGACUAUCUCGAAGUCUGGGGUCCCUCCAUCUUACCGCCGCCCCACUAAUGGCGUGAAUGGGAGAAUACGCUCUCCUCAUCUUGCAACCAGACAGUUUGGUGGAUACAGGCUUCCCACCAGAACACAAUCUUCACACAACUCUAGAAUUGGCUCUUCAACAUCUUCUGAUUUAUCUUCAACAUCUGCCCACUCCUCGUCAUCAAAUAUACUCAGACCAGUGUUGACAUCAGACCGCAAUGUCAGCAGAAUCUCUACUCCAACAAGAACUGGGGGACUCACAGAGGGUAGAACGCAUUCUAUAUCUUUGUUGCCGUCUUCAUCUAGAGACAGCUUUAGAGGCCAGGGUGGCAGAAGUCGUUAUCCCGUCCUCAGAGGGAAAGCACCCAUUGGAGGAGCUCUUAAACCUGCCUAUGGAAAUGGCCAAAACGGACAACCAAAUCCGACAGCAAAGGAUAAAGAGUCCUCGGCGACUCAUGGAAUGAAUAAGGCUGUUGGUCAAAGGCUAAUUACUGGUCCUGACGGAAACAAAUGGUUGGUAGAUUUGGAGUUGGGGAUUCUUAUGAACCAGGAUGGGAAAGUCCUUCAGGAUUCCCAGGGCCAACCCAAAAGAGUUGUGCUUGGCGAGGAUGGACGCACCAUUUUCGACCAUUUGGGAAGCCCCCUGCUGAACCAGGAAGGCAUGGCUUUGUUCGGUCACAGCCGAGACAGUAGCCCAGUAAUCAAUCCUAAAGAGAAGAUCCUUAUGGUCGGAGGGAAACCCCUGCUUGGCUUGGACUUGCCUCACCUCAGGACCACCACAACAACCACCACAAGAGCUCCCACCACUACCCCGGAACCCACCACCACAGAAUGGACUACAGAGGAGUCAACCACUGAAUACCCUACAUGUCCACCAGGCACCUUCUCUAAAAUUGAUGAAUAUGGGGAUCCAGUGCUUGAUGCAGAUGGAAUAUUAGAUUGUUACUCAGAAGAUGAGUUUUUGCUCCAGACUACCUUGCCACCACCGACAACAACGACACCGCCGACGACUACAACCACCACCACAACCACAACUGCCGCCACUACGACGACCACCACCACCACCACCACCACCAUAGAACUGCCAACUCCAGACACCAGACCCUCUGGCAGAGGUCCUUUAUCAGAGUUUGACGACAGUGGGAAGAGGCGAUUUACAGCUCCGUACGUAAACUACAUCCAAAAGGACCCAGGAGCGCCGUGCUCCCUGACCGAGGCUCUGGAGUACCUCCAAGUCGACGUCCUCGAAGAUCUGAUGAAGAACGACAGUCGCGUCACCAAUCAGAAGCAGCCUCCGAAAAACAAACCCCACAAUCUCACCGUGGUUGCUAUGGAGGGAUGCCACUCGUUUAUCAUCUUGGACUGGGCCCGUCCGUUGAGGGACGAUAUGGUUUCAGGGUACAUGGUGUACAGUGCUUCAUAUGAUGACGUGCUCAACAAUAGAUGGUCCUCUAAGAUAUCCAGUGGGACUCAUCUGGCUGUGGAGAAUCUCAAACCCAACUCCAGGUACUACUUCAAAGUCCAGGCCAAAAAUGUAUUUGGGCUGGGACCAGUCAGCGACACGCUAACCUAUGUCACCGAAUCAGAUGAUCCUCUUCUCAUCGAAAGACCGCCUGGCGGGGAGCCCAUUUGGAUCCCCUUCACCUUCCGAUACAACUCGGCUCACAGCUCCUGUAAAGGCGGUCAGUAUGUCAAGCGCACGUGGUACAGGAAGUUCGUGGGCGUGGUUUUGUGCAACUCUCUGCGGUACAAGAUCUUCAUGGGAGACGGCCUUCGAGAGCCCUUCUACAGUAUAGGAGACACCGUGGGACAAGGAGAGGAUCAUUGUCAGUUUGUGGACUCCCACAGGGACGGCAGGACUGGCCCCUCGUAUCUCUCAAUUACUCUACCUUCAGCUCAAGGAUAUUAUCGUGCCUACCGACAGGAACCCGUCACGUUUGGCGUGAUUGGCAGAAGAACGUCCCAUCCCUUUGUGGGCUGGUAUGAAUGUGGGGUCCCCAUCCCUGGCAAAUGGUAACACAUGGGAGAGAAAGGGGAGGGGGGCAGCGGCACUGUUACCGAGGGCAACCAAGCGGUUGGCCCGCCAACUGAAAAACAAAAGACUUUUGCUUGCUGCGACUAAAAGACACCACUUUCAUCACGUGAAGUGAACAUAAUGCUUCUAUGCAAGCCAGUGUAUCAAUGCCGUGUACUUUUUUUUUUUUUUUUAAUUUUCAAAACAUAAAGCAGUCUGUAUAUGAGGGAAGAAAAAGCACGUGUGUUCUUGCUUUGUAAAAUUCUUGUCAGCCUUGCCCCCAACUAACAGGUCCUUAUGCAUUGUUAUUUAUCUCAAAACUCACAUUCAUAAUAAUAGGCAGCGAGCUUGUGUAUAAGUGUUGGUUUUCCGUCCCAAAAUCAACAGCUACGUUUAUUUUCCGUCCCACCAGAAUUGAAAGGUUACAGUGUAUGUUUUUUUUAAAUGUAUUCAGAUGAAGAAUAAAGAGUGCGUAUUUGCCGAGGAGACGAAAUAAAAGGUUCUUGGAAGCCACGUCGAUGAAAAGAGCAGGAAUCGUCUCAGCGUGCAUCGACACAUUUUAUUACUCAAUCAGCGCUUGAUCAAGGUUUUCAUAGUUGAUCAAUCCAAUGGGAGAGUUGAGUCAUAACACAGUCUUCGGCCAACAUGAGCAGUUAAAACCCGACUGAAAAUCCAAAACAACAUAUUGAGCACAGAUGCAGGUGAGCGGUCGCAGUUUCAUUGGUGAGGAAUAAAAAAAUACCGAAACAUUAACACGGAAAAUCCGAUGGAAAGUCAAUUUUUUUAAAUCAAACUCAUACGACUUGUGCGACGCACUAUUUGGGGAAUUUGGGAAUUGUACCAGAAUCAGGAACUUCAAGAAUGAAAAGAGUUGUUGCAUUAAAAAAUGAUAUUUUCGAUUCAAUGUAGCGUUGCCGAUUUGUCUUGUAUAUGGAUUUCAAAUUUGGGAUACCUUGGAAAAUUACUAGAACCCUUCCAAUAUGGGAUUUUUGGGCCUGUUACCAAUAUUCGGGGCCACAAGAAAAAAACAAAGCUGAUAUCCGCUACAUCCGAUAUAUCGUCUGUCAUAUGAAAAAAGACCAUUGACAUGCAGAGGCUAAAUUCUAUACAACAUAACAUCCAGCCACUUAUCCUCACAAGGGUCGCAGGGAGUGCUGGAGCCUAUCCCAGUUGUCAACGGGCAGGAGGCGGGGUACAUCCUGAACUGGUCGCCAGCUAAUCGCAGGGCACAUAGAGACAGACAACCGUCACAAUCACACCUAGGGGCAUUUUAGAGUGUCCAAUUAAUGCAUGUUUUGGGGAUGUGGGAGGAAAACCGGAGUGCCUGGCGCAAACCCAAACAGGCACAGAGAGAACAUGUAGCCGAGGAGUAGAAUGGGGUCCGGUUUGAUGCCCUCAACAUCGCAUCUCUGCUGUUUCCAGAUAAUGCGAUUCUGUUGGCCUCAUCAAGCCGUGAUCCCCAACACUCACUGGAGCGGUUUGUAGCCGAGUGUGAAGCGGCUGGGAUAAGAAUCAGCACCUCCAAAUCUGAGGGUGAGGGUGGCGUGCCCUCUCUGGGUCAGGGAUGAGAUCCUGCCCCAAGUAGAGAUGUUCAAGUAUCUUGGGGUCUUGUUUUCGAGUGAGGGAAGAAUGGAGCGAGAGAUCGACAGACAGAUUGGCGCAGCGUCUCCAGUGAUGCGGACUUUGUAUCGGUCCGUUGUGGUAAAGAGAGAGCUAAGUCGAAAGGUCUCUCGAUUUACCAGUCGAUCUAUGUUCCUACCCUCACCUAUGGGCACGAGCUGCAGGUCGUGACGGAAAGAACAAGAUCCCGGACACAAAUGGUCGAAUUGAGCAGGGUGUCCGGGCUCUCCCUUAGUGAUAGGGAGAGAAGCUCGGUCAUCCGGGAGGGGCUCAGUGCCGAGCCGCUGCAUCUCCGCAUUGAGAGGAGCCAAAUGAAGUGGCUGGGGCAUCUGAUUCGGAUGCCUCCCGGACCCUUCCUGGUGAGGUGUUCCAGGCACGUCCCACCGGAAAGAGUCCCCGGGGAUGACCCAGGACACGCUGGAGAGAUUACAUCUCUUGGCUUGCCUUGGAACACCUCCGGAUCCUCCUGGAAGAGCUGGAUGAAGUGGCUGGGGGAAGGGAAGUCUGGGCAUCUCUGCUAAAGCUCCUGCCCUACUCGACCUGACCCAGAAAAGUGGUCGAAGAUGGAUUGAUGGAUAAUUAGAAACACUGCACAAGGACUGUAAAAUAAAUACUUUGAACCAAUAUGGCAGAAUUCCCUUUCGGGCUUUGCUCCUCAAAAAUGUUUUAUUGUGGUUUUACUAAUGAUACACAUGUUACUAAAUUUCACAUAGCUACGAGUAACUGGAUUCGGGGGCCAAAUGAUAGAAAAUACCAAAACGGCCCUGAACAUGUUGAUUGAUUUACGCAGAGUGAAAUAAUGAUGAAGAAGUUAAGCAAUAGAGGCCAAAUAAAACCACAAGUAUUAAACAAUAUCCUUGAAGUUGAACCACAAUCAUUAGUUGUAAAUUUUGUGUGGCCCUCUGAGGGUUCCCCAUCCCUGUUUUAAAUGAAAAACUGAAUCUGUUAUCAUGGAUUAUUUAAGCGCCAUUGUCUCGCCGGACAAACUUUUCUUGUUACAUUUAUGAUCAAAUCUUUGAUAAUAGGUUUUCACAGCAAACCAUAAAUGUGCUGCUCGCACUGUCGAAAUAACAAAUUAACGGAAAUACUCGAAUGGUGAUGCGUGUCGUAAGCGGCUGCGGCAAAGCAGGUGGAAAAUGAGUGGAAAAGCCUGCUAUGGCUUCGUGGCCAAUUUAAUCAUAACGUCAUGAGAUUAAUGUGUCGCUCGCGGGGCCCGUCACUCAUAUUUCAGCUGUUCGUUUCGGCGAAGCGGCGGUAGCAAGCGGGCACGUCCGUCGGCAACAAUCGGUUGACUUAUUUUUACACCGCCGUGCUCGAUACUUAUGCUAAAUGGUCACUUUUAAACAUCCGAAGCGGUCGCCGUUUAUAACGGUGGGAGUUCCAAUUUCAGUUAUUUCCUCAGGGGAAACCGAUUUAACAGCAACACAAUCAUCAGAUUUGUUCAAGCUGUCAUUUGAGUCACUUUGACUUCAUCUUGACGAUCUCGCCAAAAAAGUUCAUUUGCUCCGCUGAUGUCCAAUCAAAAUGAUUUUUUUCUCUCUCUCUCUCUCGCUUUUCAUCUCAACACGGUGGUCUUCGUCCCUGCGGAAUAAACGCGGCCGAUGACAAGGAAUUUGGCCCCGCGAGAAUCACGGACGCUGCCGAGCGCAUUAGCGGCUCUGAUUAGCUCCGGCGCCGCCAAAAACCCGACGUUGUUAUUGCGCCGGCAGAGGCGCAAAACGCAGCGCAUCACCUCCGAAGACGCCGCCAAACUGAUGCUCAUUUGCGCCGGCGCGUCAGCUGUCAGCCAUUUUUCCAGAACCCGUCGGAGCGUGUGUAAUAGUUUUCAUGCGGCGCGGUGAGGAGUCGAGGUCUUUUACAUCAGAAAGGCCAAAAGGCCACGCGGGCUUGAUUAAAUCCAGGCCCCAAGCUGACUUUCCACACGUGGCACGUACAUUAGCAAUUUAACGAUAUCAUUUUUUUUUUUUUUAAAGCUUCUUUUUGGCAUCAUCGUGGCCGUUUAAGAGCACCUUUCCACUCUGCCGUUUUUUUUUUUUUUUAUUUUAUUCCUGAUGAUUAAAGAAUGUGUGCUUGUGAACAGACAUUACAUUUUUCUUUUUUUAUAUGUAUAACUGGGUCACUGUUUGGCCUGGAAAAAGUUAAGAACUCAUUGAAGAAAGCUUAAAGCAUCGCAGUGGAGGUUUUGAUCAAGAGAGAGAGAGAAAAAGAGACGGGAAAUGUAUCUUAACCCUCCGCUUUGACGACAGAUGUUUUGCUUAUAGAUUUUGUCCCUCACGACAAGAAUGUUGCCUGUAGAACGUUACAGUUUAUUUGUAUUUUCCUUUUCUUACAAAUCGAAAACAUUUAUGACAUAUGUGACUCAUAGGAAGAACGUUUUUAUUGCACCGGACCGUCUGGAGAAAAGGCACACAGGCGGGGCCGGGAUUCAAACCCCAGACCUUAGAACUGUGAGGCUAACGCUCUAACCAGUUAACCCACUGUGCCUGUAUAUGUAUAUAUAAAUGUGAUUUUUUUUUGUUUUGCUUAAAUCAAAAGCCCGUUUUAGUUUUCUAUGUCACAUUUUAACAUAUUUAUUAACAUAUUUUUUAAUCAUCUUAUCCGCUUAUCCUCACAAGGGUCACGGGGAGUCACAGCUGCACUCACAAUCACACCUAGGGGUGUUUUUUAAUCAUGUGAAAUUUAAUUCUCGAUGUAUGAAAGUUUAUUUUAAAAAGUUGCAUUGUUAAAAAAAAAAAAAAGCACGUUGGAUCAGCUGGAAAGCAUCGGCCCCACAAUUCUGAAGUCCCUGGUUCGAUCCUGGACCCACCUGUGUGUAGUUUGGAUGUUCUUCCCCGUCCCUGCGUGGGUUUUCACUCCUGUUUCCUCCCCACAUCCCAAAAAUGUGCAACAUUAAUUGGACACUCUAAAUUGCCCCGGCGGCACGGUGGGUCAGCUGGUAAAGCGUUGGCCUCACAGUUCUGAGGACCUGCGUUCAAUCCCAGCCCCGCCUGUGUGGAGUUUGCAUGUUCUCCCCGUGCCUGCGUGGGUUUUCACUCCGGUUUCCUCCCCACAUCCCCAAAACAUGCAACAUUAAUUGGACACUAAAUUGCCCCUAGGUGUGAUUGUGAGUGCGGCUGUUUGUCUCAAUGUCAUGUCAUUAUCCAAGCUGCUUAUCCUCACAAGGGUUGCGGGAAAGCUGGAGCCUAUCCCAGCUAGCUUCGGACGAAAGGUGGACUACACCCUGAACUGGUCGCCAGUCAGUCGCAGGGCAGACGUGUGUACCACCACACCAUCACCCUGUUUGUCUCGAUAGACUCCAGCACUCCUUGCGACCCUCGUUAGGGUAAGCGACCAAGUGGGGAAAAUGGAUGGAUUUAAAAAAAAAAAAAAAAAAUUUAUUGAAAUGUUUGUGUCAUCCAAAAUACUUUAAAAGAUUCAUCCAACAGGGAUCCUGUAGACCACACGCGUGAACUUUAAAAGUUGAGGUUCAUUCGUCAUUAACGUUUGACAGCAGGGCGCAUUUUGACAAAGUCACAUUACACCGCAGCUGCCACAGGAGCUGGGAGGAUAAAUUACGACUAAAAACAGCUUUUAUGACAUUUUUAUGAUUUUUUUUUUUUUUUUUUUCAUGCCCCUGAACUAGUCCUUUGUUGUAAGAAGUGCAAGAGUAGGAAAAAAGCAUCUGGACACUCAUAACAUGGAGAUUCCUACAAAACUAGCACAGUUCAUCGGUUGGUCGGUCGGUUCGCAGCAUUGUUGUAUCACGUAAAUAUCCAUCCGUCCAUUUUCUUUGCCGCUUAUCCACACGAGGGUCACAGGGAAUGCUGGAGCCUAUCCCAGCUGUCAACGGGCAGGAGGCGGGGUACACCCUGAACUGGUCGCCAGCCAAUCGCAGGGCACACGGAGACAGACAACAGCCACAAUCACGAUCACCCCUCGGGGCAAUUUAGAGUGUCCAAUUAAUGUUGUAUGUUUUUGGGAUGUGGGAGGAAACUGGAGUGAAAACCCACGCAGGCACCGGGAGAACAUGCAAAUUCCACACAGGCAGGUCCGGGAUCGAACCCAGGACCUCAGAACUGUGAUCCACCUGUGUGGAGUUUGCAUGUUCUCCCCGUGCCUGCGUGGGUUUCCUCCCGGCACUCCGAUUUCCUCCCACAUCCCAAAAACAUGCGACAUUUCUAAAUUGCCCAUAGGUGUGAUUAUGAGUGCGGCUGUUGUCUGUUUCCAUGUGCCCAGCGAUUGGCUGGCAACCAAUUCAGGGUGUAACCCGCCUCCUGCCUGUUGACAGCUGGGAUAGGCUCCAUGACUCCCCGUGACCCUUGUGAGGAUAAGUGGCUAAGAAAAUGGAUGGAUGGGUAUAUUUUCCAAGCUAAAGACAGGCCUAGCAAAUGGCUUGUACCAAAAAUAAAAAAAUAAAAAACCCAUUCACCAUUAAUAAUCCACUACUGUGGUUGUGUGCCAACCUUCCUAAAACAUGCCAGUACUUCAUCGUCAUCAGGUCCAUCGCCGGAAAAGUCCACGGAACCGGGAAGCGGCUUUAUCGGCUCAAUCAAACAAAAACUUGGCAAAGCGAGUCAGCCUUUCUCAAUUAUUGCUUUUUUAAAAAAGUGCUGACCUUCCUAAAUGUGAUUUUUAGAAUUGUCACCUCAAUAAAUCAUCACAAAUAAAUCCAUUUUGGCAACGUGUUCUCUCUAGAAUCGCACAAAAAAAUAAAUAAGUUAACGCAGCAGUAGUGUCUCAAAAUAUGUAUCGUGCUCAAAAUACUCCACAGUCAUGUUGACACAUGCAAUACUUACACCAUAUUUGACUUAACAUGAAAUAUUAAGUCAAAAAUCCUGCUAAUGUCAUUCGAGAUCGUUCCGCAAUACAAAUCAGAAGUGAAUGUUUGUAUGAUUGGUCAUUUUUACUUUAUUAUGCAUUACAGGGGCAGGUGACAUCAUGAAAGUGUAUUUUACAGCAAAACAUAAAAAUAAUAUUAAAAGAUGAA